UAUUUGUUUACUAGGUUAUUGAACCAUAAAACACCACGCGUCGACAUAUGUGCACAUCGUAAGAUACAAUUUUAUAAAGACAGAGAAAUAAUGCAGUGUCCACGAAAUGAAAACGCUAAAGUAUGAUACGCAUUGCUUUUGCUAUAUUGUGCUUCGCUACCACAGUCAGAACAAAACGGCAACCAAACAUUUUGUUCAUAAUAGCCGACGAUUAUGGAUAUAAUGAUAUUGGAUAUCAUGGAUCCGAGAUCAAAACACCAGUUCUAGACAGACUUGCAGCAGGUGGCGUCAAACUAGAGAAUUAUUAUGUCCAGCCGAUUUGUUCUCCUACAAGGUCACAACUAAUGACCGGAAGGUACCAGAUACAUACAGGAAUACAGCAUGGCAUUUUUUGGCCCUUGCAGCAGAACGGCCUUCCAUUACAAGAUCCAACUUUGGCAGACAAAUUGAGGGAAGCAGGUUAUUCCACGCAUGCUGUAGGUAAAUGGCAUCUUGGAUUCUUCAAAGAGGAAUAUUUACCAACAAAUAGAGGAUUUGACACAUUUUUCGGUAUUCUUAAUGGAAAAGCCGAUCAUUACCAGUACAAUGACUCUGCAAUGGGAAUAAAUGGACUUGAUCUGAGGGACGGAAUACAGAGAGUCAAUAAUGAAUAUAGAGGACAAUAUUCUACUAACUUAUAUAGCAAGAAAGCUGUGGAAAUUGUGGAUAAACACGAUUCAGAGAAACCGCUUUUUAUGUACCUGUCCUUCCAAGCAGUACACUUGCCAUUACAAGUUCCAGAGAAGUAUCUGAAACAGUACGGAGAUAUAAAAGAUAUGAACAGAAGAGUAUAUGCAGGUAUGACAUCGGCAAUGGAUGAGGCCAUAGGCGAUGUUGUGAAGUCUUUCGAGUCAAAGGGGUUAUGGCAAGACACACUGUUGGUCUUCACAACAGACAAUGGAGGACAAGUGUUGUACGGUGGAGACAACUGGCCAUUAAGGGGUUGGAAAGGUUCUCUGUGGGAAGGAGGUAUUAAAGCUGUUGGAUUUGUUCACGGUCAAAUGAUCAAAAAGAAAGGCACCAUUUCAAAAGAACUAAUACAUGUGUCUGAUUGGUUUCCAACUUUGAUUAAUCUUGCAGAUGGAUCGUUGAAAAGAACGAAUCCACUAGACGGUGUGGAUCAAUGGAGAACAAUAAGUCUUCAAAAUAAUCUUAUUCAAUGCAGCAGGGAUUCAAUCUUUCAAAUGUGGAACGUUACCCUAUACUCUUUUACGUUUUAUGGCGAACAGAGUCAACGAAAGACAAUUCUACACAACAUAGACCCAUUGAUGUCACAUGCUGGAGAACGAAAAUCUGGUAAACAGUUUGAUGCUAGAGAGAGAGCAGCACUUCGACAUAAUGAAUGGAAAAUUAUUACAGGCGAUCCAGGAAAUGGGUCCUGGAUAUAUACAUCAACUCGAGGACAGAACCAGAAUAAACUGUAUGAAAGGCCAAAUGAUAAAAACAUUUGGCUCUUCAACAUUGAAAAUGACCCUUAUGAAAAGCAUGAUUUAUCGACAAAAAGACCAGAGGUUGUGUUUGAUUUACUCGAGAUGUUGGCAAAUUUCGCAUUGACAUCGGUGCCUUGCUUUUAUCCUGAAAAUGACUUCAUGGCCGAUCCAAAAUACCACGAGGGGUAUUGGGGUCCAUGGAUUCACACUCAAGUGAUAACGGAAGAACUUAGCCGUCCUUCUUACACGAAGACUUUUAGAUAUUCACUGCUGUCGAUUAUUAUUCUUGUUCUUUAUUGUCUUUAUUAUCGAUAUAUGAAACGAAAGCGUUCACAUAAAAGUAGUCCUUGUUAGAUACGAAAGAGGUUGAAAUGGUGUAUUUUUGAUAGAGAAAAAAUGAGAAAAUGUAAUUAAAAUGUAUGAAAUAUUUUUGAAAAUGUGUGCGAAAGAUUUGUUUUUCAUGUGCGGGAAAUAUGUAUAAAAAUGUAUAAAAAGAUUUGCUUAAUAGCUA